ACAGAACGGGGGAAGGUGAGAAAAAGCAAACGCUUACAGUCGAGGCUGGUAGCCUCUUCGCCCGAAGCAAAAGCGGGGUUUUGUCAGCAGUGAACCCCCUACCAACAGACUGAUCCAGCUUAGGUGAUUAUUUUCUGUGCAACUGGGACUCAACGAUCCGUCCUCAUGCUCUUUUCCGAUUCGCAUCAUGUCGGGUUUUCAACUAGCGUUGGACUACAUUGACGCGGGAAGUGAAGAGGAAAUUUUACAGCAUCGUGAAAGGGCUCUAGACGCCAUCAAAAAGCUAGAGAAGGCCCUGGGUCUCACCCAGAGAGUUGAGCCUGGGUUACCAUCUGACUCUAUAUCUAUCGAACCCGAUGUCGAGCAGCGACCUCAGCAGUUGUCCGAGAAAAUACUUGCUAGAAUAGACAAAAACCUCGUCAGCACCGUCUCUUAUGCUCGGAAAUCCCCAGAGACUGCAGUCGCGCCAGCACCGCAAAAGCGCGAAGAUCCUAGGAUUAUUGACGCACAGAUCUACUAUGGCGCGAGGAAAAAGACGACAAGCAUGAUGUUCCGGACAGCACUGGCUAUCAGAUCUAUUAGUAUGGAAUUCGCAAGAUUCCAAUAUUACCGACGUGGUUAUUCCAGGGUAGCUAGGCAAGUCAACCGCCUUUCAGCAAAAGCAGACCAGACGCAAGAAGCUACCAUCGGCGAUUUCAUUAAGGAGAACCAUAUAGCCGACCAUCGAACAUUCGAACGAAUGAUAACAUCUGGCACGAAGAUGCUCGUUCUCGAGGGCCUCUCUGGGAGUUGUGGUAUAUCCUCUCUACUAUGGAAAGUACCAAGCUGGAGUAAACUGAGCUAUCCUGAACUACCAGUUCUCUUGGAGCUAUUGCUACAGAUGCCAGAAUAUGAUAAGGUUCGCACUACGGCAGAAGAUUUGACCGGAUGGUAUGAGCAAUGCCAAGAUGUAUACGACCAAAACAUUUACGCUCAACGAGCUACGUUUUUAUACAACAAGCUGCCACUGUGCAGACCCAAGGACGUGAUCCAACCAGUCAGCUAUCCAAUUAUAGGAGCAGACUCCUUUGGUGAGCACAUGACGGAUAGUGAUAUGGUGGUUUCGACGGCUUCAGCACGUCCAGAGAGCUCCUUAAAGCAUACGGGUAUGUGUUCUUUUGCUCUUCACGUGCAUAUCGCCAGAUGCCACUGACUGUAGACUACCUCAACAGAGGCAAGUAUGGCUAGUGAUCAACUUCCGAACAUCGAGAACCCUAUGGAUGGAUGUGAGUGCAGACGCUUCG